UGGGAGAUGACUAUAAGGGAGAUAUCGGGAAACUCGGUGGCAAUCCCUGAGGGUGCAAGGUGGGCGGAGAGGGAGAUGUCCCCGCCCGGAGCAGAGCGCGGCUGCCAGUGUUGUGCCCCGGGCCGCCCAGGCACCCUGCGCUGCCCGCCCCACCUGCCCCGCCGCUGAGCCCGGGAAGGGGUUAAAAGCCCGGGGCGGCUGAUGUCAGUUCCUGCGCUCCUCGGGAGGGCCGUGUCUGAUAUUUGAGCCGGGCUCUCCCGCCCGAAGGAAACCGAGGGAAUGGUAAAGUGCUGAAUGGGACAGGAGCCGUGCCGGGCACCUGCCUGCCGCCCGGCACCGCGCAGCCGCCCGCGGCCAGGGCCGGCCCCGCCGCGCCGCGGGCCGGGAGCCCCGGGACGCAGCCGGCUGCGCCCGUCCUGCCCCGCCGGGCAGAGACCUCCGCGCCGGCCAAGGAUUUUUAGAGCACCUCAGACGAGAUCCUAAAUGGAUGAUUAACAUCACAAUGGCAGAACUCACACUGGAGAAUGGCAGCUGUAUGGACUGGCAAAAGCGAUGCCUUGUGUUGGAGUCCCAGCUCUUCAAAUUCCGCUUGCAGGCAAGCAAGAUCCGAGAGCUGUUAGCUGAGAAGAUGCAGGAAUUGGAACAGAGAGUGAUAGAAGCAGAGCAAAGAGCUGAGGAUGCAGAGAAACAGGUCAGAGUUAUGGAAGAGAAAAUAAAACUUGCCAAUGUGAAGACUGGUGAAUCUGACAGCAUCCUGCACAAGAAAUACCAGGAGCUGAUGUGCACAAUGCAAGGAAAGGAGGAUCUGAUCAACAAAUUGGAGACACAGCUAGCAAAACAGAAACAGCUGAGGACUGAGGAAGCCAAAAUUGUUCAAGAGAAAGCUGCCAAGAUCAAAGAGUGGGUAACAUUUAAGCUCAGGGAGCUUGAGCUAGAAAAUUACCACCUGAAAAACUGUAAUCAGAGACUGAUGGAGCAAAUUGAAGCUCUUCAGGAUACAUUGCAAGAUAUGACCAACAUUCCUCCCUUUGAAUCUCUUUGGAGCUGUGAUUCCCUGAAGCCCCAAGCAUCACAGGGCUCUUUUGCUGAGAAGAUAGAGCAGAAAUCUGUGCUCCUUGCACCUGGUUUCAGAGAGGUGUGUCAGACAGGACCUUCCACACAUGUCCUCUCUUCAGCAAACAUAGUCCUUGCCAAUGACACCUUUACUGAGAAUGGAGAGGAUAAAUCUCUGCUUUCCCAGAGCAUGCUGAAGCUCAUGUCUGACCCAUCAAGCUGGAAUCUCUCGACAGAGAAAAAUAUAUUUCCAACUGUAAAUUCUGAACACGGUUUAGGGUGCUCUGGUCCCAUAUCACUGGACCCUCCAGCUGAAACCACAAGAAUUCUUGAGGCUUUGACCUUCCAAUCAUCUUUGGAAAGAAACUGUAGCGCUGUGAGCACCUUGCAACAAGUGGGUUUGGAUAGUACCCGCUUCUCUGAUGAUCUGAGCACCAGAUUCCAUUCCCACCCACUGGACUCUUCCUCAGCAGAAAUAAUGAGCAUGCUUAAGGGACAUCUCCAAACUGCUGAGACACCUCUGGUUGUGUCAACAUCAGCUGUUUCAGCACAUUCCUUCUUUCCAGGGAGGGAGUGCAGCCCUGGGAGUAGCAUGACAUUUCCAAAAAUACGGACACCCAAUACACCAAGAGACAGUAUCCAGCUAGCCAAGAGACAUCACAGCCAACCACAGUCAGGGGCUAAUUCUUUCCAUCAUGUAAUGCACUUAGAGACCAGCACUUUCCAGCCCAUAACAGACCCUUCAGUCAGUUGUGGGCACGUGGAGGAGACAGACAUUGAUGAUGAUGGAGUAAUGGAGAAGAUGGAGACAGAAUAUGGCCUGCUGAGAGGACAAGCUGGACCAUGUGAGGGAAUAUACCACUUACCUGCAGAGCAAAGAAAAGCUGUGAGUUCUGAGUCUGGCACACUUGACCCGGGAUGUAAACCUCCCACACCACCACUGCACCGAUUCCCAUCAUGGGAGAGCCGAAUCUAUGCUGUGGCCAAGUCUGGCAUGAGGCUGUCUGAAGUGGCCAUGGUGAAUGAUACUUCCAGCUGCUUUUCCAAUUUCUCGCGUUCAACUUCCGGGCCAUUCACCUACCUCAUCUACAGAAAUGUCACAGUGCCAGUCUACACUACACUGAAGGGGAAAGCCACGCAGAUCAGCAAUGUGCCUUUCUUAGAUGAGUCUUCAGGCUCUGAUGAUGACUGUGGCUCCCAUGCCAGUUUCAGGACUUCUACUGCUGGAUCUGAGAACAGGAAAGCUAGCAUGCCAGGCAGCCCUCGGGCUGUGAAGAGAGGUGUAUCUGUGUCCUCACUGAGCUCUGAGAGUGACUAUGCCAUCCCUCCUGAUGCCUACUCCCUGGAUGGUGACUAUUCAGAGCCAGAACACAAGCUACAGCGAACAUCUUCCUAUUCCACUGAUGGUGCAAUCUGCUCUGAACCCAUGGAGAAAUCAGGCUACUUGCUGAAAAUGGGCAGCCAGGUAAAGACAUGGAAAAGACGAUGGUUUGUUCUCAGAAACAGACAAAUCAUGUACUACAAGUCCCCGAGUGAUGUUAUCCGCAAACCACAAGGGCAGCUGGAGCUGAAUUCUUCAUGCCAAAUUGUCAGGGGUGAAGGGUCCCAAACAUUCCAGCUUGUGACAGAAAAGAGAACCUACUUCCUGACAGCAGACUCUCCCAACAUCCUAGAGGAAUGGAUUCAUGUCCUACAGAGUAUCCUGAGAGUACAAGUGAGCGGUCCUGUUGGUGUUCCUCACAGUGAUGCUAAACCUACUGUGAAAGGUUGGCUCACUAAGGUCAAGCAUGGUCACUCUAAGCUGGUCUGGUGCGCAUUGAUUGGAAAAACUUUCUACUACUAUCGAAAUCAUGAAGAUAAGUGUCCUUUAGGGCAUCUGCCUCUGCGUGAGUCCAAGGUGGAAGAAGUAGACCGUUCCUGUGACUCUGAUGAAGAUUAUGAAACUGCUGGUGGAGGACUUCUCUCAUCCCACUGUACACUGGUGAUUCACCCACAGGACCAGAGUCCCACAUAUUUACUUAUUCGCACCAAACAGGAGAAGAACACCUGGCUGUACCAUCUGACUGUUGCAGCUGGUAGCAGUAAUGCCACAGUGGGCACGUCAUAUGAACAACUCAUUGGAAAACUAUUGGAUGCAGAGGGAGACCCUAAUUCUCCUCUGUGGAAGCAUCCUAUGUUGUGCUACAGUAAAGAUGGGUUGCACACAUCCCUCACUACUCUGCCAUCAGAGGCUCUACAGACUGAAGCCCUGAAACUUUUUAAGUCCUGUCAGCUGUUCAUCAACGUUCCCGUGGAGGCAUCCUCUAUUGAUUACCAUGUGUCACUUGCCCAGACAGCACUGCAGGUGUGCUUGACACAUACCGAGCUGCAGAAUGAAAUUUACUGUCAGCUUGUUAAACAGACCAGCUGCCGACAACCCCAGAACCACUCCGUCAUUCAGUGCUGGCAGCUCCUGGCUUUAUGUGCUCCUCUAUUCUUGCCUCAACAUCACUUCCUCUGGUACAUCAAACAGCACUUGCAGCGACAUGCAGACCCCAGGAGUGAGACAGGCAAGUAUGCCAUCUACUGCCAGAGAUCAGUAGACCGCACGGUGCAGGCUGGAGAGCGGGAAGCCAAGCCCUCCCGGAUGGAGAUCGUGUCCAUCCUGCUGAGGAAUCCCUACCACCACUCACUCCCCUUCAGCAUCCCAGUGCACUUCAUGAAUGGAACGUACCAGGUUGUAGGUUUUGAUGGUUCUUCAACUGUUGAUGAAUUCAUCCAGAGACUGAACCAGGAAACAGGAAUGAGGAAGCCAUCCCAUAUGGGAUUUUCUCUGUUCACAGAUGAUCCUUCUGGCAGGAAUUUGGAACAUUGUUUGCCUGGCAAUAUGAAGAUCUGUGAUGUCAUUUCUAAAUGGGAACAAGCCUUAAAAGAAUUGCAUCCCGGGAAAUAUGAAGGUGGCACAAGAAUUGUAAAGUUGACCUAUAAGAACAGACUGUAUUUUCGGAGCCAGGCCAAAGGUGAGACAGACCGUGAGCGGUUGCUACUGGCCUUCCAAGUGAGCAAUGAAAUAGCCAAUGGAAGGUUUCCUGUUAAUAAGGAAUUAGCUCUGGAAAUGGUGGCUCUAAUGGCUCAGGUGGAAUAUGGGGAUUUGGAUCGACCAGGAUCUUCAAGUCCUGGGGGACCAUCACAAUUGAAAAUGCAGCAUCUUCUCCACCAGGUUUUAGAUAAAUUCUACCCCAAACACUACAAGCAAAACAUCACUCCUGAACAACUCAGGCAACUCACAGACAGGCUGGCAACAAAAUGGAUGGUGCUGCAGGGAUGCUCUCCACCAGAAUGCAUUCGAAUUUAUUUGACGGUGGCCCGGAAAUGGCCUCUCUUUGGAACCAAAAUAUUUGCUGCUAAGCCUAUUUUGCCUUCCUCAUUGGAAGACUGUCCAGUCUGGAUAGCUGUGAAUGAAGAUGGUAUAAGCAUACUGGAUUAUAACACAAUGCAUUUGAAGGUCUCUUAUUCAUACUCUUCUGUGCUGACCUUUGGAGGCUGUCGAGAUGACUUCAUGAUUGUAGUCAGUAAAAUGAAAGAAAGAAGUUCUGGAAAAAAUAGCACUGAAAAACUCCUCUUCACAAUGGCAAUUCCAAAGAUUGUUGAAGCAACACUUCUGAUUGCCAGCUACAUUAACUAUCGUUCGACUCCUUCACUGCUGUCUUCCACACAGCCCUCACAAAGCAGAACACCUGCUAAGAAGCCCUGGGAGACUGAAAAUCGGUGCUUUUUUCCUUCCGUGCCCCGAAGCACAAAGGGGCCCACCCUGCUCUAAGGGCUUGUUCCACUUGAGCUGAUUUUGUUGGUUAUAUACCACAGAUUAAUGCAGGCUCUGAUUUCUUUUCCAUAAUAAUAGACAAAGUUCCUUAGAGGCAGAGGCAGUGUACUUUCUCUUAAAAAAAAAAAAAAAAAAAAAAAAAAGGUUGAUUUGGGGGACUGUGCAGGAGUUUCCUUUUUGUGACACAUUCCAUGCAGAAUACCAUUCCUCAGGUCCUUUGCCUGCGCAACGCUCCAGUCAUUACAUCUGCACUCAUUCUUCCAUCUCAUACUGUACUGCCUUGCUGUACAAGUACAUAUAUUUUCUUUGAUCCCUCCCAUUUUCAGCUUUCAAAAGACAUAAACUUUUGUGUUACCGCUCAGACAUGAAAGAAAGACAUUGCUAAGAAGGAAGAGGAAUUAAACUCACAAGAAUAAUUCUGAUGCAAGUCAAGGGUUAUUUCAGACCUGAAAUAGUGAGUACAGAAUUACAGUUCAGCAGUACUGAAGAAUAUUUUCAACUUAAAAUAAAGGUGGAAGCCUAGGGUCUUUUCAUGUUGAGUGCUCAGAACAGCUGGGACCUGGACAGUGUCAGAGAAUGCCCUGGCACCUACAGGAGCAGUGCAUUUUGGAAAAUGACAGUGUUCCAUGCAAUAGAUGAACAUUAGAUUGCUGCUGCAGGGCAGGGCUCAGUAUGUCACAUGCUCCACUCUCAAGCACUUUCAAAGACUUUCUAAUAACCACUGUUGUAGAUGUGUUUGGAACUGCACAUUAUCUCAGACAAAAGAAGACAAGGCAAGCAAAUUUUGUACUUUUUCUAUUCUUUGGCAACUAGGAUAGAUCUUCCCAGACGAGUUCUGCCAUUCUGACUUGACAGAAGCUGCUUCUUUUAAACUCCUGCUUCCUUCAUGUACCAUAAGCAAGGGGGAGGUAGUCAGCAAUUGUGUACUCAUGUUCUUCUGACUUUCCUAAAGAAUGUUGGUAGGUUUGAUUUUUUUUAUCUGUUUCAAAGGGACUUCAAUAUGAAAAGAUUAUUGAAUUUUAAGCAAAUAAAAGAAAAAUAUCAAUUCCUCAUAAAAAAAUCUAAAUAUACUUCGUUUAAGUUCAGCUAUUUUGAGAAGCAUUCUAAAAAAGCUAAGGAAGAAUAACUGCACUUUGAAAAAGUACCACAUUCAACUUCAUAAUAAUUAUGCAUUCAUGGGCAGCUUUCCCAAAUUAAAACAGUAUGAAUCCCCCCACUAGACCAAAGUCAGUAAUAGCAAACCACUUAUUUGCAAAUAAACAAACCAACUGUACCAGUGUUUUUACUCGCUAGUGCCUGCCACCAAUCUUGACACAUCCAACUAAUGCAUAUGGGGGAGCUGAUAGAUAAAAAGGAUUUUUUUCAUGCUCAUGAUGAGUGCAAAGCCACAGACUAAAAGAGAAGAGCAGGGGGCAGACAAAAAUUGUUCUUAGCAAUCCCUCAUCAGCAUCUUUGUAAUACAAAACAAAAAAACCCAACCAACCAAACAAAACAAACCCAACCCCAAACCAUCCUCUGGUGAGUUAUAGAAACAGUAUGGCAGACCUCAGACAGGAAAAGAUUCCAUGAGCAGUGGCCUGAUUUGCACAAACUGUAAUGUACCCACUUGUUAUGAAUUUAAAGACCAUCCCUUGAAGGUACAGAAAAGGGUAGAAGCUUUCUGAGCCAAAAAUAACUUUAAGAAGGUAUUUAGUCAUUUUUGUUUUCCCUUAGAUACUUUCCAGUCUCUCUAUGUCCUGAUAGUAGUGUGUAUUUCCCCUCUCUCUCUCAAUUAUCUUAGUACAGCUGUGUCAGUUAGAAUACACAAUGUGUUAUUCCUCCUCACUCUGUCACCUGUGCCUGACAGUUUCUCCUGUAUCCGAAGGUCUGUUUGACAGUUUGCUUCUGGUAUCCCACCAGUAACAAAGCUGCUUCAGAACAGGCUGGAGCCGUCAUCAGUGCUGGGGGUGCUCAUGGCAUAGAAGUCUCCAGGCUGUAUUUCCUCAUGUCCUCAGAGAUGUGAGGAGACUUGUACCAGGGCAAACAGGAAGCAGAGAUGUUAAACAAACAGGAGCUCUCCUGAAACUCAUUCUUUUUUGCCACAAUUGCACUUUAAAUUAAGAAGCAUGAUACACAAAACUUUCUUCCUUAUUCCUUAAAAUAUUCACCAAUACUUGAGUGUUUCAGGGACCACUCCACUCUGAUGGAUGCACAUACCCCUCCUAUUUAUAGCUUACCUGUCUUCAAACACCCCACCCUGUGUAGAUACCUACUUUGUAUGAUUCUUUGGUAGAGAAAAUAAAUUUUUAUUUUAAUCAGUGCUUUUGGCAAUGACUGUUAAUGCAGCAUAGAAUGAGAUGACAAAAGCCUUUGUGUUCCUAACUGCUGUGUGUAAGUAAAAGGCUGUCUGGAAAAUACUGUGAGAUUUCUGUUUGUUCUUAAUAAAAUGCAGCUCGUGAAUUAAUAACCAUGAA